AUGGCGAAUAUUCGUGCUUCGCUCAACGCUUUAGCCCGCAGCAAUGCAGCAUCUAGAGAUAUCCUUGAUCAGUACAAGAAAAUUCUCAAUACUAUAUUUCAAGGCAAUCCUGAGGAAUUAAUUGAUGGUACCAAGGCAUUCGUGGAAAGCUUGGUAGAUGAGCAUAUUGAUCUCGUAACUUCCCGUCAAAUGUUAGCGGAGCUUGCAGAAAAAUUAUCCUCGUUGCCUGAUGAAUCGACCAAGGAAAUUUGUCAUUUUAUUAUAUCUAAAGUUCAACCACGCGCUUUGUCCUUCGAAGAUCAGUUAAUAACCGUUAGGCGUAUCCUCUCCGGCAUGUACGAAAAAGAGCAAAAUUGGAACGAUGCUGCUAAUGUAUUAGCCGGUAUCCAGCUAGAAAGUGGCCAAAAGCAAUAUUCUACUGAUUUCAAGUUAGAAAUUUACCUAAAAAUUGCUCAGUUAUACCUAGAAAAUGAAGACGCUGUUCAAGCUGAGGCUUACAUUAACAGAGCUUCGGUAUUGCAGCUUCAGUCUAAGGAAACCAGAUUACGAAUAUUAUAUAAAGCUUGUUAUGCUCGCGUGUUAGAUUAUCGACGUAAAUUUAUUGAAGCUGCUCAUCGCUACAUUGAAUUAUCAUACUUCAACGACGUACAUGAAUCUGAAAGAAUGACAUCGCUAAAGUUGGCCAUGAACUGUACUAUACUAGCAUCUGCAGGUAGUCAACAAAGGUCACGAUUGCUGGCUACGCUAUUUAAAGAUGAAAGAUGCCAGCAUUUGCCAACUUUUGGUAUACUGGAGAAAAUGUACUUAGAUAGAAUUAUUCGAAAAUCUCAAUUACUGGAAUUUGAUGCAAUGUUAAUGUCCCAUCAAAAAGCGACCACCUCAGACGGAUCCAGUAUUCUAGACCGAGCUGUGAUUGAACAUAACUUGCUUUCGGCUAGUAAAUUAUAUAAAAAUAUUACAUUCCUAGAGCUUGGAAGACUAUUAGAAAUCUCUCCGGAAAAGGCAGAAAAAGUGGCAUCACGUAUGAUAGGGGAAAGAAGAAUGGAAGGCUCUAUCGACCAAAUCGAAGGUCUGGUCGCUUUUCAAACCCAAGAUGCGUUACCAACAUUCGAUCAAAAAAUCAAAGGUAUAUGUUCUCAUGCAAAUAGCAUUUUAGAAAAGAUAAGAACUGCUGAACCUGAUUGGGUAUCAUCUGUAUCAUCUACUGAAUAG